AAUGAAAUUGAUAAUUUUAUGCUUUAUGAUAAUGGGAGUUUUCUCCUCUUUAUCAAAUGAAGUCAUUACACAUAAAAUUAAAAUAGGAGUGACAAUUGAUGGGUAGAGUGCAGGUGAAAUAACAUUAGGUCUUUUUGGGGAGAUUGUUCCAAAAACUGUUGAGAACUUUAGGGCAUUAUGCACAGGAGAAAAAGGAUUAGGUUAUGUUGGAUCUCCAUUUCAUAGAAUUAUUCCAAAUUUUAUGAUAUAAGGGGGUGAUUUUGUAAAUGGAAAUGGAACAGGAGGAGCAUCAAUAUAUGGGAGUAAAUUUGAUGAUGAAAAUUUCAAAUUGAAACAUGAGAUUGGUUGCAUAUCUAUGGCAAAUGCUGGAUAAAAUACAAAUGGUAGUCAAUUCUUUAUUACUACAGCAGAAACUCAUUGGGUAUUUGAUUAAUAAUUAUAUUCUUAAAGUUAGAUGGAAAACAUGUCGUUUUUGGGCGGGUUAUAGAGAAUAUGGAUUUGGUAAAGACAAUUGAAUCUAAAGGAUCACAAAGUGGAAAACCAUAAGCAAAUGUAGUUUUUGCUUCUUGCAAUGCUGAAAUUGUAUAAGAAAAAUCAUGAUU